UAUUGCCCCCAUCAAGGCAAGGCAGCACUGUGUGGCAUAAACAAUGUGCCACAGUCUCGCUUUCAAAUUCGGCCACUGAGCCCCCGACCGGUUUUCUUUUCGGGGGGCGCACUGUGUCCACUUUUGUGGGAACGGGAAUGGGAAUCUCGAUCCAGCAGCAAAUUUCCAGUUUCGGUUUUUGUUCAGUUCGAUUCGAGCGGCGCGCAGGUAGAGAUCGUUCGCUGGUUCUUCUUUUUCGACGCGGCUUCCGCUUUCGGUUUCAGCCCUCGCGCGUAUUUCUUGCGAGCCGAGGAUGAGCAUCAUCGCUCCUCCCCGGGCAGCUGCAAAAGUGCAACAGCAGCAACAUCAGCACCUUCAUCAGUAACCGCAGCCACACAAACGGGUUUCAUUUGCACUCGUCGCGCAUUUGUUUUCAUUGUGUGUGCGGUUGGGUCGCGUGCAGUUCACGGAAUAUGCAAAAAGCCUUAAUCAUUAAAUUAAACACAGACUAACGACCAGUAAGCACAUGGAACUCUGCCACGGAUUCCGCGGCGGCUUGAAUCACUAAUUUAGUUCUAUACUCCGAAGCAAGCAGUCUGCACGCUCAGAGCUGCGCUAAAAAAUAAUAUUAAAAAUAUUGAGAAAGAACUUCAAAGAUAAAAUACAAAAAGUGCAUUUAAAAGAAAGUCAACAGACACAGAUAAAGUUCGCUAUAAAACUCUCGAUUCUCUACGCCCGAAAAGAGGAUUGCCGAAAGCAAAACCGAAACCGAUUCCAUAAUGAAGCACAAAUAUCUGCUGUUGCUCCUGGCGGGAACGGCGCUGCUCCUGGCCACUGGAGUCCAGGGCCAGCACGAGAACAUCCCGUACCAGCCGGUGACCAAUAUCUGCGAGACGUGCCUGUGCCUCAGCAGCCAGGACAGCGACCAUCGGACGCACUUCAACCUGGACUGCUCGGUGAGGAACUUCGAGCACAUCCUGGCCCGCUGGCCAGAUCAGUUCGGAAGCCAGGCCAUAGCGGCGGGGGCCUCUUCGGAGAUUGUGGUCUCGUACUCGGGCAAUCGGAUCAAGUUGCUCCAGCAGCUGCCGGCCACGAACGCCAGCCUGACCCUCUCCUGCCGGCACUGUGGUCUGCAGAAUCUGCAGGUCCCCCUCUUCAUGGACGUGCCCAAUGUGGCGGCCCUCUACCUCAGCUGGAACGAGAUAACCGACGACGCUUUAGUGCCGGAUCUCUUCAGAGGACCCUUUGGGACCACUGGCUACGAGCCCAUUGGCCUGCGGGAUCUGGACCUGAGUCACAAUCGUAUAGCCCGACUGGAUCGAAGGCUCUUCGAGCACACUCCGCAUUUGACCAAGUUGAACUUGGCCUACAACAAGCUGAGUGCCCUGGACGAGGCCAGCGCAGCCGCCAUAGGAUCGGUGGCGACUCUGCAGCGAUUGGACCUCUCCCACAAUGGCUUGAUGACUCUGCCAGCACAGGUUUUCCAAAAGCUGGGAGCCCUGCGUAUCCUGGAUAUCUCUGGGAAUAUGUUUUCCGUGGUUCCUGCCAGUCUUGCACAGCUUAGCAAGUCGUUGGUUCAACUUAAUCUGGCGGAGAAUGCCUUUCUCAGCAUUAAAGGAAACAGCUUUCAGGGCCUGGUUUCCCUGAAACGGCUGAAUAUCAGCAGUAUGCCUUCGUUGCGAAGUCUGGAGGAGGGUGCUCUGCAUCUGCCUGCCUUGGAGGAGCUGCAUUGCUCCAGGAAUUCGAAAUUAGAGCGCUUGGAGCUGGUAGAUCUGAUAAACAGCCGGAACUUGACGCAGUUGGAUCUGUCCAGGAAUGCCUUGACCACCUUGGUUCUCAAUAUAACGAGUCCAGCUAAUACCACCAGUAAUCCGGAACCCUGGCCACGUCUACGCCGCUUGAGCAUCAGCGGCAACCCCUGGUUUUGCAGCUGCGAUCUCUUCAAGACUCUGGAGCUCACUGGACUCUCGCACAUCGAACGGGAAUCGGAUGGUAGCGAAGCCCGUUGCGAGACCCCAUAUCUUCUGGCCGGAUCACCGCUCUCCAACCUGACAGCCGAAAGGAUCUGCAAAAUGGUGAUACCAAAGAAAUAUCGUGAGGUGGAUGAGGAGCCACCGCGAUUCCUGCGGCGCCGGUACAUAAUACUCACCGCUAUCAUAGCCAGCAUUGUCCUGGUGAUCGGCCUGGUCAUAGGAUUCGUGGUGGUCUGCAUUCGACGGCGGCUCAAGGGCAGCGACUACGGGGUACAGCCCAUUCGGUACACCAGCGUGAGGGGCAGCAACCUGUCGCAGUUCUCGCAGUUGCAACCCGCCUCGGUGGCCAGUAAAUUCAACAAUGUCCAUGCUGCCGGGAGCAGCAGUGGAGCCACCACGGGUGCUCCCAAUGCCUAGGGCGGUGUUCAAAAUCCUAAUUCGGUUCCAAUUCCGAGCUAGCUGCACAAGUUUCGAGCCAAAGAUGUCCACGACAGUGUUGCGAUCCCAACCGAAAAAGACUUCCUGUGCGUGCUAUCCUGUAUAUAUGUAGGUGUCCUCUGUAUUAUGUCCCGCUAGGGAGCUGAUGCUCCUCAUCCAGUUCCCAGUCCUUGAAACUAACCCCUAGUAUUUAGAGAUGCCAUCGAUGUUUGUAUUGUACUUAAGUUCCGAACAUUAGUGUGUAAUAAAACAUUUUUAAAAUCAA